CCGUUUUUCCUCGUGCGCGGCGCGCGCGGCGCGCGAGUCGGCCAGUCAAGACAGCGCCCACAAGAACGUAUCUCAGCGUACAGGUACUUCUUACACUGCUUAUAGCUUGAGGAGCAUCAAUCGAGCAUUUCUACGGACGUUCGUCGUGAUUUCUAGCAGCCGAGUCAAAUCACUGCUGUGCACAAUGGAUGAGCCGCCGGCGCAAGUUCCUCGCCACACCACGAGCUUAACGCGCCUCUGGCGCCGCCAUGAUCUGGCGGACUCGGUGACUAAGUUUCUGCCGACGCAAGCGCUCGCGAUGCUGCCGAACCUGUCGCGCUCGUUCGAGCAGGACAAGUUCCGCAUGCUGCUCGUGGCCAUGCGCGGUUCGGGAGCAGCGGCCGCGUGCACGGGCGCGCUGCUGUCGACGCUGCAGACCAGUGGGCGCGACGCGGGACACCACCGCACAGUUUGGAGGGGGAGCCGAGGUGCUCCCGGGUGGUUCUUGGGGCACAAAGACCAUGCGGACAAGGUGAAUAUGCAGCACAUAUCCAUUGUGUGUGAUGACACUGAAAAUGAACAUUAUCUAAGAAUGGAGAGAACGGGGCAAUACGACAGGACUAAGGGAAUCGACUUUCACAACAAGCGUAUGGGUCGCUCCUGCCCCAGCGGACAGCGCCGGUGCGUUCGUCGAAUCCGCUUUGUGUUUGCGUACGAAGGGGCUACCGACACCUGGGACGACGGCCUGGGUAUGUCAUUCGGCCUGCGAGGACCUCCGUCCGACGUGGGGCGCCGCACUAUAUUCAAAUUUUAUAGUCGCUUCUCUACGAAUGGUCUCCGCAUCAUGUGCGCUGGCGGCGGCGAGGCCGCCACUCUCCUGACCGUGCCCAAACAUCAUUGUGAACCCGGUCGGGAGACAGAUGGUCUGAAGACGGUCACAGUAGAAGCGACGUUCGACUGGAACGAGCAGAGAGCCCAUGUGCGUGCGGCGACGUGGGACGACCCCAAAAACAUGGGCGCGUGGAAGAUUCUUCCGUUCCAGCGGCUUCCGCUCUAUAGCUUGAAAGUGCUGUUUCUCGGGCCGGGCACGCACUUCGUCGGGGACGUUGACGUGUGGUACUACGACAUGCCCGCGCCGCCAGCGCGGUGUCGCCUGCCGUUCGCGCCCUGCCGCGACGAUGAGCUUCGUUUCGGAGUCGGUGCUUGCCUGGACGGCGAGGGACUGCCGGCAUGCCCGUACGGCGCCGGUCCGUUCCUCCUGGGCGGCGCGCCGCUGGGUGUGCCCCCGCCGGAUGAAUCGGACGCCGACUACUAGCAGUGUUAAAACAUGAA